AUGUCCAACAAUCUAUAUUGCUUGCUGGAGAGUGGAGAAAGGCGUACCCUUGGAAUAGUUGUGGAACUUGGUCUUGAGGAUGUGGUGGACAUUGUCGGGGUUGGAGGUGAUGCUGUUGUCGAGGACGUUGAGGUGGAUGCUUCUAGUGGGAAGUACGACUCGUUUGUGAUAGACAGUGACGAGGAUUUGCAUAUUUUAUUUUACUGUCAUUGCCAGUUUCCGGAGGUGAGAAUCCCUGAACUGUUGGCAAAGCUUGUGGAUGUAGUCUCUAGCUCAGGAGGAUCGAACCGGAAUCAUCAAUCAGUACCUAUGGCAACAGCCUCCAGUUUAACCCUUGUUGUUGCGUCUUCAUUUGUACUUGUAAUCUUGUCUGCGGGAGAUUUAGUGGCAUCUCUAACUUUUGCAGCUGAUCUACAUCGCGACGAGAUUGCAAAACAAGGUGCAAACGUGAAUACUCCUGUUAUGAUUCCGAUUUCUAGGGCGGUUGGAGAACCGGAUGCAGUGCAAGAUGUCCUAAGGGAGGACGAUGAUGUAGAUCCCGCCACGAUUGUUGAUGACAGCGAUGAUGAUAUAGGGAGGAGUAUUUCUGUCGGUCCUGGUGGUGUAUUGAGCUCGGGAACUCAGAAGUAUCCCCCACACUUUUCGACUCUAGACUUUGAUGCGAUGAGACCAGAGGAGUUACCGGAUGUGCAAUCCGGUUUUAGCGUGAGAGAUUCACAGGACACCGCAGGUCUAGCUGAGUUUCAAGUCGGUCAGCAGUUUCAGAAUAAAGAAGUCAUCUUAUGUGUGAUGACUUAUAUCAUUCAUCGUGAGGUUGAGUACAAAAUGAUGAAAUCAGACCAUGACAAGUAUUACAACAAGUGCAAGGAGUUCGGAAAUAGUUGCAGAUGGUUGAUUCAGAUCACGCUACGACAACGGAAGGGUAUCUGGGAGGUCAGACGAUAUAACAGAACUCAUGCAUGUUUGGGCACCUCUGUCUCCGGUGAUCACAAGAAACUUGACUAUCAUGUGAUAUCUGCUUACAUCCUUCCUAUGAUCAGAGCUGAUGUGUCCGUGUUUAUCAAGGUUCUGUAG